GUCGAAACCACAGCCCACGUUUUGACUAGCGCAGGUCGUGCAAGGGCGGCGCCCUCCGGAAGUUCUGCGACCGUUGUCCUUUGUCACUGGCCUGCUGGUCGAGUGGCACAACACAUUUUCCAACCCAGGCUUCGAGUCUCUGAUCUCUGUGGUGGCCCGGCUUCCCGAAGCACGAUAUGACGGAGCAUUGAACAUAUGCUCCCAGCUGGACACGACGUCCGCCCACAUGACUGCCUCGCCCUGGCUUCCGCAGCCUUCCGUAGAUCCAGCACCGUCCGAGAAACCCAAACGCCUGGAACCCUCGAAGUCGGCCGCCUUUGUCGCCGAUCGCAGUGAAUCCCCAAAUAUUGGAGAGAAACGACCGCGAAAUCAAUUGACAUCGCACACCAUGGCGACCGGGAGCGCUCGCCAUGUGCGCUACGUUCUCAUAGCCUGCUUUCUCCUGGCCGUUUUCUACUUCGUGUCCAACUCGCGAGACAUCUCCCCUUCACUAAGCGGCCAAUUCGCCGGCACCAACACCAAGAGCGGAAAUGCCCCCGAGGCGCAGCAGCCAGUCGACGGCAGCAGUUCGUCCGUCGCGAAAGACUCGCCGAACCAGGCGAAGAUCAAGACGAACUACGACCCCUCGGAGUUUCCCAUGGCUCUGAAGCCUGGCGAUCCCGGCUGGGACGACCUCGCGGGAAUCAAGGACGGCCCUCGGAUGAACGCUACCUUCGUGACGCUGGCUCGCAACUCAGAUGUGUGGGAGAUAGCCAAGUCAAUCCGUCAGGUCGAGGACCGCUUCAACCGGCGAUACAAUUACGACUGGGUGUUCCUCAACGAUCAGCCUUUCGACGACACCUUCAAGAAGGUGACGACGUCCCUCGUGUCCGGCAAGACCCACUACGGCCUGAUCCCCGUGGAGCACUGGUCCUUUCCGGAGUGGAUCGAUCGGGACAAGGCCGAGAAGGUCCGCCAGGAUAUGAAGGAGGCCAAGAUCAUCUACGGCGAUAGCGUCAGCUACCGGCAUAUGUGCCGCUUUGAGUCAGGCUUCUUUUUCCGCCAGGAACUCAUGAUGAACUACGACUACUACUGGCGCGUCGAGCCGAGCAUCGAGCUGUAUUGCGACAUCCACUACGACCCGUUCCGGUUCAUGCACGAGAACAACAAGAAGUACGGCUUCGUCAUCAGUCUCUACGAGUAUAUCGAGACGAUCCCGACGCUGUGGGACAGCGUGAAGAAGUUCAUGAAGAACCACCCGGAGCACAUUGCAGCCGGCAACGCGAUGGGCUUCUUGAGCGAGGAUGGCGGUGAGACGUACAACAAAUGCCACUUUUGGUCCAACUUCGAGAUUGGUAGCCUCAACUGGCUCCGUUCCAAGGCUUACAUCGACUACUUCGAGAGUCUCGACCGUGAUGGUGGUUUCUUCUACGAGCGCUGGGGCGACGCUCCGGUCCACUCGAUCGCUGCUGCCCUUAUGCUGCCCAAGGAGGAGAUUCACUUCUUCGAAGACAUUGCCUACUACCACGUGCCCUUCACACACUGUCCGACGGACGACAAGCUGCGGACGGCGCUCAGGUGCCACUGCAACCCCAACGAGAAUUUUGACUGGAAGGGCUAUUCUUGCACCACCAGAUGGUUUGAUAUCAACAACAUGGAAAAGCCGGAGGGCUGGGAGGACCAGAAGAAAUAGUUCGAUUUCCGCAAGCUGGGUUAGCUAUGGGUCAUCUCAAGGAGGACGGAGG